AUGGCGUUUGCGAGUCCUAGCGUCUUUCUGCUUAUGGUAAACGGGCAGGUGGAAAGUGCCCAGUUUCCAGAGUAUGAUGACCUCUACUGCAAAUACUGCUUUGUGUAUGGACAGGACUGGGCCCCAACAGCGGGUUUGGAGGAGGGGAUCUCGCAGAUCACAUCAAAAAACCAAGAUUUACAGCCAUUGCUGGUGUGGAACUUCCCUAUCGACGUCACCUUUAAAAGCACCAACCCCUAUGGCUGGCCACAGAUCGUGCUCAGUGUCUAUGGCCCAGAUGUGUUCGGGAACGACGUGGUCCGUGGCUACGGGGUGGUGCACGUUCCUUUCUCACCUGGGCGACACAAAAGGAUCAUUCCUAUGUUUGUCCCGGAAUCUACAUCUAAAUUGCAGAAGUUUACAAGCUGGUUCAUGGGACGGCGACCUGAGUAUACAGACCCCAAGGUGGUGGCUCAGGGUGAAGGCCGGGAAGUGACUCGGGUCCGCUCCCAGGGUUUCAUCACCCUCCUCCUGAACGUGGUCACCAAGGACAUGAGGAAGCUGGGCUAUGACAUGGGGCCUCUGGACUCUCAGGGCCUCGCAGGGCCUGCUUCACCCCCAGGUGCCCUCGGCUAA